AUGGACAAGGAUGACGAGAUUAAAGGUGCAUUUUAUGAAGAACUCACCAAUGUGCUUACAAAAAUACAUCCAACAGAGCUAAUCUUAAUGCUCGGAGACUUCAACGCGUGCGUUGGCCGUGACUGUGAUGCUUGGCCAAAGGUACUAGGUAGACAUGGUGUCAGUAGCAUGAACAGUAAUGGUCAAUUGCUGCUUAGUCUGUGUGCUCAGUUUGAAUUAACUGUAACAAACACUAUUUUUCGUCCAACAGCUAAGCACAAAACUACCUGGACGCAUCCGAUGUCGAAACAUUGGAAUUUGAUAGACUACGCGAUCGUUCGACAUAAAGACAUCUCCCGAGUCAAAGUGAUUAGUGUCAUGCGUGGAGCUAGCUGUUGGACCGAUCAUCGACUAGUAGUAUCAAGACUUGAACUCCGACUGCGAUAUUGCGCAAGCUUCGAUAUGGAGAAGUUGCAAGCUCUUGAAGUGCAGAAUAUUUUUGUUGAGGCAAUAAGUGAAGGUAUCCCCCACCCCAAUAUAGAUAUACCGGUAUCUAUAUCGAGGUGA